UUACAGUGCGAGGAGUGCAAGUACUCGUAUUCCAUGUGUUAAAAAAUGAUUGACGAUGCUUGGGAACGAAGAACAGAGUGAAUGUAAAGAUUUUUGGUCAGGCCUCGCUUUUGUCGAGAGGAAAAUCCGAAUGAAUCAUGAGUAGUGCUAAGAAAAUUACUCUAUCGAUCAGUCUUUCUGCUGCGAUAAUCGARUGGCUCGAUGCAUCGGCCAAAUCGCAAUCACUGCCGAGCCAAUCGAAGGUAAUACGAUGUUGCAUCAACUGCGUUGCACUUGGCGAUGUGAAAAUGACGACAGACGGAAAUGUUUCUCCUUCUGUGUGUCCUUCUGAAUACCGAACACUAAAUAUCGAAGUCGCGCCCCAACAAAUUGAUUGGAUCGACAGUGUUGUUUCAAAAAUCGAGGGAUCCAGUCAAAGCGAGAUAAUCCAGUCCGUGCUAACGUCUUGCAUGAACGCAGACAAGGAUGUGGUCUUCGGGGUCGUACGAUGUAAAAGCAAAGUGACCGCCUGCGAGGGUGCACAAGCUGUCAUCGAUUCGUUAUCAAAACAAUAUGGAAAAGAUAAUGUCGAGAUAAAGGAGGAGAUCAGCCUAUUGUGAUAGUUUACAAAAUUGAUAUCACCGCAAGGAUAUAGUGUUUCGACAAUUCAUUCAAGGAAUAAAACAGAGCGAAAGUGCAAACCUGACAGUGUUGGUCCUGCCUACUUCAUUUGCUUUGAAAAUACGGAAACGAAGUGAUUGCUACUGUCACUAGCUAACUUAAUUCAAGAAUGCUAUCAGAGAUAAAGCUCACUUUACUCCAAUCAUUCAUGGUAUAAGUAGCUAGUAAUAGUAGGGAGGACCAAAAAAAUUUUAGUUUCAGUGUUUCUCUAUGAGAAGGAGACCCAAAAGGAGCCGUACAAUAACGCUUGUCACCAGGCUCAUUGUCACCUCACUCCACUUGUCUAUUUGAUUGACAGGAUGGAGGACUGGGAAGUAAGUGCAACUCUAAAGCAGCUUCCUUCCAGGCUGGCGUCAAAGCAGGGAUGACACUGGUAGUAUUACUUCUUGCAGGUAUGCGGCCUCAUUACUAGUAGAUCUAGGACACUUGGUUUUGCUCUAGAAUGUGUCACAAGUAGAUGCUUGUUGCAAGAAGGCACCAACUUUCACACCCGUUUGAAAUUCAAUCAGCCUCUCUAUUUGAUUUUGCUCUCAGGUGUUAGGGAGUGCUUGUAGUAUUAAGAGCA